GGGAGACUUCACCUCGACAUAUGAGGACACCUUUACUUCCCGGUCAGGCUGACCACAACUACAUCUGACACGAACGAGACAUACGAGACGAGCGACUGAUUCCAUUCACAAUCAGUGUUGAAUUCCCUUGACUGAUUUGGCAACAAUGGCAUCCACCCUUGCGGUAGCCCUCGUGUCCUCCCUCCUUUUCAUCCAGCCUGGUCUCGCAGACGGCCUCUAUACCAAAUCAUCACCGGUUUUGCAGGUUUCUGGCAGCAAUUAUGACGACUUGAUUGUCAAGUCAAACUAUACAUCCAUCGUCGAAUUCUACGCUCCAUGGUGCGGCCACUGCAAAAACCUCCAACCAGUCUACGAAAAGGCAGCCAAAUCCUUAUCCGGCCUGGCCAAAGUAGCGGCAGUUAACUGCGAUGAGGAAUCCAACAAACCAUUCUGUGGCUCCAUGGGCGUCAAGGGCUUCCCCACGCUAAAAAUCGUCAAGCCCGGUAAGAAAGCGGGCAGGCCUAUCGUCGACGACUACAACGGCGAGAGGACGGCCAAGGCCAUCGUCGACGCCGUGACGGGGAAGAUUGUCAAUCAUGUGGCGCGAUUGAAGGACGAUGACUACGCGGAUUGGCUCGAUGCCGGAGAUGCACCCAAGGCGAUUCUGUUUUCCGAGAAAGGGACGACGAGCUCUUUGUUGAAGGCCAUUGCCAUUGAGUUUCUUGGCGGGAUUGAUGUUGCGCAGAUCCGAAGUAAGGAAGACGAUGCGGUCGAGAAGUUCGACGUACAGAGAUUUCCCACGCUUGUGCUCGUUCCAGGCAAAGGAAAGGACGCCAUCAAGUACGACGGACAGUUGAAAAAGGACGCCAUUGUCACUUUCCUGUCUCAGGCUGCCACGCCAAACCCCGAUCCGGCGCCAAAGAAGGCAAAGGCAAGCUCCAAAUCGGACAAGAAGAAGGCAUCCAAGGCAUCUUCCUCAUUCGCCAAAUCCUCCAAGUCCCAAGCAUCAGCGCAAGCGGAAACAGACGCCGCAUCGCAAACAGCCGAGACACUCGAAGACGAAUCUCAGCCAACGGCUUCCCCGCACCCAGACGCAGCGACAGAAGAUACGCAGAAACCCGUCAAGAUCCCCGACAUCGCAACCCCAAUCCCAUCUCUGGCAGAGACCAUCCCCCUCCAACAGAAGUGCCUCAACACCAAAGCCGGCACCUGCAUCCUCGCCCUACCCCCCGCAUCCAAUCCCUACGCAAGCACAGAGCAAGCCCUCGCCAGCCUCAGCGAAAUCCACCACAAACACGCCACCGCCAACCGCAAACUCUUCCCCUUCUUCCAGCUCCCCGCCUCAAACCCUACCUCCGCCUCUCUCAUCGCAGCCCUGAAUCUCGACGCCUCUACCACACAACUCAUCGCGACAAACGGCAAACGCGCCUGGUACCGCCAAUACCCCUCCGCGACGUUCACCCUAGCCGAAAUCGAAGACUGGAUAGACAGCAUUCGCAUGGGCGACGGCGCGAAGUCGAAACUCCCCGCCGAGCUCAUCGUCGACGCGGCCGAGCUACCCGCCGAGCCGAUCGAAGUGAAGGUGGACUCCACUUCCGAUCCGGAGGAUAUCAUGGCGCAGUUGAAGCAGCAGCUGCCCGAGGGCGUCGAGUUUGAAUUGGAGGAGAUUGAAGAUGGAGAGUAUGAGAGGAUUCUGGCGGAGGCGAGUCGAGGGGCGGCGAAGAGGGAGAAGGCAGAGGCGGCUGCCACGGCGCGUGAUGAAUUGUGAGGGUUUGGAUGUGUUGGUGUGCAAAUCUAGUCAAGAUAGGAUGCGAGGCUGAGACGUGCGAUGAUUGGAAG